UGUCAUCUGUGUUUUGUAAACGCGUGCUGGACAUGCUGGAUUCUCGCAUAUAACACUGGCUCUUUAAUACCUGCAUACCAUGGCUAAAUUCCUCACAUUUUACUCGAUUGGUUCCAUGAGUGGCGACAAUGCUUAUCUCGGCCUAUCACCGGAUUCGGUCAAAGGAAGAGUCAUAAGUACACUCGAUCAAAACAUUGUGUUUCGCAUAGAGCUGAGCAAUCAGAAGCAAAUCCAAAGCUGGACCUCCGAGCAAAAGCUAUCGCAUAAAGUCGUCUACGAUUUCAAAUCGGAGAAAUAUGUCGGCGUCUUCGACAAUCGAAAGCUGGGCUGUUGGGGAGAAGAAACGAGAAAAAUUGAAAAAGGAAAAAUCAAGUUGCCACGACAAUUACAAGAAAUCAUUUCGUUCGACGACAGACACACGAUCUUAGUGUACGAAGAUGGAACGUGCGAAUCGCUCGAAAAUCGUGUGAACGGUCGUCCAUUUUAUUGCAACCACAUCUUAAACGCAGAAACACAUCAAAUCAGCCGAAUCGAAUGUUUCAAUACACGGGACAAUCGUGUGAUGCUGACCUAUUUCGUAGGGAACAAAAACGGCGGUGGCAUAGUGGAGUUGGUGUAUUUCCUGUUGAAUGAUGACGAUCUGACGCCAGUCAGAUCAAUCGGUGACCAUGCCAAAGUCAAACGAAUCGAAGUCACUAAAGAUGUGUCCAAAUUGUCGGCAUUCUUUGUUGUGGAGGGAGACCCGUUUCCCAGCGUUAUGAAGAUCGAGUCGGAUAAACGGAUCUACAUGCGGCCACUAAAUUUUGAAGAGAACACACCAUCCGAUUUCGGUGCACAUAGUGCCACAUUCAACUGUCUCAGAGUCGACCGACCACUAACCAUUGUCAAUGUGAGCACAGACUGCAUCGCGAUUUACGGCGGCAAUGUGAAAGAGGAUGGCGCCUUACUGGUUCUGUACAACACCGUCCACUUUACGGUCGUGGAUGUGCAACAGUUCAAAGUUCACUUGAAUAACUGCCGUUUGUGGGCCAUCGGCAAACAGUACAUAUUGAUGGCUGACGGUCAACGAUUGUUGUGCGCACGGUUCCGCAUAUCGCAGGGCAAACUGUCCGAAGCAAUCGGAUCGAAACGAUCGAUUGAAUGGGAUCGACAGGUGAACAAAGAGUGCGUCAACGAGGAGCAUUAUUUGGAAGAGAUGACAUCAUUUGUCAAAGUAGGAACGCCAUUUGAGGUACCACCACAUCCUAAACAAUAUAAAGAGAUCUACAGUGCAGGCAAUCAAGCCGAAGUAUUCGACUAUUUCGAAGAUUUCCUGUCACGGAUGUAUCGGUACGACACUGCGCUUGAUUUUAUUCAAGGGGGCUCUGCAGAUGAUGUAAAGGUACGGAGCGUUGUCCAUCCGAAAGAUGAUCUGUAUUCCACCGAGCUAACUCGAAUUUUGUCGGAUCUGUUGGAGGACAAAGGUUCGAGUGAAACAGAAAUCACGGAGCAUGUGAUACCCAUUCUCAUCAAAGCGAAGCAGCCAAGCGAAUUGGUUAAAUGCUUACGCAAAUACACAAAUGUAUCCGAACGGAUGUUGGCCAAAUGCUUGAAAUACUUCCUCAGCAUGCCCGACUCGGACGAAAAACUGGCGUACAUCAAUCAGGUGUUCGCAUGUUCAUUCGACGCCGAAUUGAUCAAGGAACAUCUCCGUACGGAGUUGAAUUUGGACGGCGCUAUCUACCUGUUGGACAUCAUCCAUCGGGAUCUUGUCGACGAUGAAUUGUCACUGGAAGAGGCACCGCAGUACGAACACAAUUUCGACAGUGACGUGGCGCUGAUAAAUUGGUUCGUUGUUAUAUUGGAGGCACACUACCAACAGUUUCUGUUGUCUCGCGACUCGACGCUAAACGAUUUUAUUUUGAAAUGGAAAGAGUUGAUCGAGUCAUUUGUUAGGGACAUUCGUGAUUUGAAGCCGUUAACGGCCAAAUUGGUGAAUAUAGUGAGUGGGAAACUGAAACAGAACGACAACACGAGCUCGAAAUGGUACUCGGUGGAGAAGGUUAAAUUGUACUGAGCAAUGUCGAGCUGGGAUUGUUGAAAUGUCGUAAAUAAAUGUGAAAAGACCGUUCA